AUGGGUACUGUAUACACCGCCUGGUGGAGAAUUUUAAGAAAUGCUCAAAGGGUCCUUUUCAUGGGGCUGGAAAGGGUUCUCUGCCGAUCAACUUUAAUGGCUGCUGCCCAAGCACUUCGGCUUGAGGGGUUUAGAAAAUACACCGAGGACGUAAAAACUGUUUCACAGGUAGCUUAUGAUUGGAUCAUGAGUAGUGAACCACAGUUUUGGGCGAAUUCUCAAUUUAAAGGUGAGCAAUUCAACCAUAUUUCAAUAGGUGUUGUACAUUUGUUCAGGGACUGGAUAUCAGAGUUUCGUGAAUUACCAAUAGUGCAUAAGAUUGACGCAAUAAGAAUCAAGAUGAUGGAGCUGAUUAAUGCAAGGCGGAUGGAUUCAAGCAGGUGUAUUUCUAAACUAACUCCAUCCAAGGAGGAAAAGUUGAAAGAAAAGUCCACAAAAGCCAAACGCCUUAAAGUUUUGUUCUCGUCAGACAGCAUCUUCGAAGUUCAUGAUGAUUUCAUAAAUGUCGUUAACAUGGACAAACAAGAAUGUAGUUGCAGAAAGUGGAGAGUCACCGGGUUACCUUGUUCUCAUGCAAUAGCUGUCUUUAAUAGCACAGGUAGGGAUCAGUAUGACUUUUGCUCUAGGUACUUCACUGGUGAGAUGUUACAGUUAACAUAUUCAGAAUCGAUAAACCCUCUACCAGAGAUAGAGAAGCCAGCUAAUAGUGAAAUGUCAGAUAAGGUUCAAGUAAAUCCUCCAUGCAGAAGAUCCCGUAGUCAGACAAGUGAGCCAGGGCCAGGUCGACCAAAGAGACAGCGGCGAAAUUUUAACCAAGAUGCAGUUAAAAGACCACUUCACUGCACAAUCUGCAAGGGAGAGGGUCACAACAAGGCUUCUUGUAAAGCAACAGAAUAG